AUGGCCAUCGGCUGGGCCGUGUGCGCGGUGUGCUCGUUCGUGAUGGCGGUUCUACCCGAGGGAGAUCCGUACUACCCGGACAACUCGUGGGCGUCUCUGUCGGAGUCCGAGCACACCGCCGAACAAAUCGCCGAGAUCAACUACGACGCCCCCGACGCCGGCAUCAAGUUCGUUCUACUCAUGAUCGUCGCCAACCUGGGCAUGGUGCUGUCCUUCACUGCGUAUGGCGGUACGCUGGUAGAACUCUCCCAACGCGAGGGGGAGAAGCGCCGUGGUGACCUCCAGACGAUGAUCUGGGUCGCUCGUGACGCUGGCGGCGUCGUCGCAUCCGCGUUGGUCGGAUUCGGGCUCAACUCGGAGGAAUACGGCGGCACCUUCGCCGGGUCCAUCCGCGUGGGGGGUCUCAUGGGCAUCUGCGCCGCCACUUCCAUCAUCACGGGCGCUGUGGCCUGGUACUGCAUCGAGGAGGAGAAGGUGGAGCGUCGGUCCGUGCGCGUCGAGCUCGGCAAGCUGUUCGACCUGAUCCAGUACCGCGUCGUGUACCAAAGCGUCUGGUUGACCAUUUCGCCCGUGAACAGCAGCAUCGCCACCAUCAUCUCGACGCUUAUCUCCAUGGGCUCGCUGCUGGCGGUGCGUCAGUGGGGCUUGAACUGGAACUGGCGCUGGAUGAUCGUCAUCACGGAGCUCGCGGUGGUGUUCGUGGACUGCUUCCCGACGUUCCUCACGAUCUGGGACGUCGUGCGCAGUCAGUGGUUCUGGCUGGGCGUCCCCCUGCUGGAGCAGGUGCCGACCAAUAUCGGCUUCAUCGUGUCCACGUACUGCAUGGUGGAGAUCAUGGAGGAGGGCAACGAGGCCGCGUUCUACGGCCUCGUGGUGGCUGUCUCGAGUCUCGCGUCGCCCUUCGCCACGGUCAUCACCAAGAACAUUGACGCCAACUUCGACAUCGCCACCGCCGACCUCCAGCGUGACGACACGGAAGUGCGUCAGCAGGUCACGUACGCCUACCUCUGCUCGUAUGCGUGCAAGAUCUUCUCGACGGUCUUUGUGCUGCUCAUUCCGCGCCAGAAGGCCGAGACGCAGGAGAUGCGGCGCAACGGCGGCAAGAGCAAACUCAUGGGCGUCAUCGUGGUCAUCAUCAUCAUCGCCUUCACGUACGUCUGGACCAUCAUGACCAACAUCAUGCCCAUCUUCCCGUCCACCUCCUGCUACCAGAUCGCCGGCGGCGACGGCUGCUCCUAG